GACACCUAUUCAUAGUGUUACUGCUUCAUUUAUAUUUCUUGGUACAAGUUACAUAUCAGCACUUGUUUUUGCUUGGAUAAGUGAUGGUAAAUUAGGUCGUGCAAAAACUAUUAUUAUCGGUUUUAUUCUAUAUAUUAUUGGUUAUGUAUUUAUUUCAUUAUUUUCCGAUAAUAAUAAGUAUAAUUUGUAUAGUACAUUUUGUGGUAAAGUAAAUUUAACAAGUUCAAUAACAUCAGAAUUUUUCGAAGAACAAUGUAUUACUCAAGUUCUUUCAACAUUAGUUUUUACUGCUAUUGGUGUUGGUGCAGUACAAUCUAAUAUGGCUGUAUUUGGUGCUGAACAAAUACGAGAACAAAGAGCAACAAGAAAAUAUUUUGAUAAAUAUUAUGCUGCAAUUAAUACAGGUGGUCUUAUUGCAUUUGCUUUUAUUGCUUAUGCACAACAAAAUAAUAGUUAUUUUAUUGGUUAUAUUGUUCCAACAGUAUUAUUAAUAAUAGCUUUAAUAUUAUUUUUAAUUGGUUAUAAAUUUUAUAUACAUAUUCAACCACAUGAUUCAGUUAUUAGUAAUUUUAUUCCUGUUUUUAUAAAUGCUUUUCAAACAUGGAGAAAACAUCAACAAAAUAAACAAACAUUAAUUACUAAUCGAAGACCGUCGAAUUCUUCAACAUUAUUAGAUUAUCAAAUUGAAAAUAGUGAUCAAUUAUCAUCAACAACAAGUAAUCAAUCAUGGUCUUUUUUGGAUUAUGCAAAAAUACCUAAUCAAGGACGAUUUAUUGAUCGUAUAGUAGAUGAUAUUAAAUCACUUCGACGUAUUAUUCUUGUUUUUCUUCUUUUAAUACCUUAUUGGCUUGUCUAUUUUCAGAUUGAAACAACUUUUCUUGUACAAGGUGUACAUAUGAAAGUAAUAAAAAUUCUUCGUACAGACCAUAAUCAACAUUAUAUGCCUGUUAUUUGGCUUUCACUUGGCGAUCAAAUAAUUAUUAUUGUUACAAUCUUUUUUCUCAAUACAUUCGUUUAUAAACGUCUUGAAGCAAGUGGACGAUCAUUUUCAAUAAGAUCUCGUAUUGUUAUUGGUUUGAUUGCAGCAUCAAUUUCUAUGUGUAUAGCAGGUACAAUCGAAAUAUUUCGUCAAAAAACAUGCGAUAUACAACCACCUAUUCUACAAACUAUUGGCAAAACAAAUUAUACAGCUGCUGAUAUGUCAAUAUUUUAUCAAUUUCCACAAUAUGUUGGUAUUGGUCUUUCAGAAGUAUUUACUUCUGUUGCUAGUCUUGAAUUUGCUUAUAUGGCUGCACCACAAUCAGCUCAAUCAUUAAUAAUGAGUCUUCGAUUUUGUUCAGCUGGUAUUUCGUCAUUUUUUGGUUCUGCUUAUGUUGGUAUAUUUGUUAAAAUUAAAGAAAAUCUCACUUUUGAUAAUUCAGAAUGUAAAGCUCACGAUCAACCGGAAUUAUUUUUUAUCUAUUUCUUUGUUCUUGCUGGCUUUCAAUUCAUCUUUAUUUUAAUAUUUCUUGGUUGUGAUCGACAAUUUAAAUUACUCAAAGUAUCAAAACAAAGAUUUAAUACACGAUUAUUUGUAGCACCUAAUUCUCGUUCAUCAAGUACUUGA